AUGGAUGAAAUCAUCCAGGCUAAGCUCCAAGAGACUGUGAAAAGGAAGUUGGAAGGAGCCCGAUCACCACUUAAUGGAGACCAGCAGAAUGGCGCUUGCGAUGGGAGUUUUUCUCCAACCAACAAGCGAAUACGAAAGGACAUUCCCACGGGGAUGGAAGCCAUCAACAGUUUGCCCAACAACAUGCCACUGCCUUCAGCUUCUCCUCUUCACCAACUUGACCUGAAGCCUUCUUUGCCCUUGCAGAAUAGCGGAACUCACACUCCUGGGCUCCUAGAAGACCUAAAUAAGAAUGGUAGACUCCCAGAGAUUAAACUUCAACCUGUUAAUGGUUGCAGUGACCUGGAAGAUAGCUUCACCAUCUUGCAGAGCAAAGACCUCAAACAAGAACCUCUAGAUGAUCCUACUUGCAUAGACACAUCAGAAACAUCUCUUUCAAAUCAAAACAAGCUGUUCUCAGACAUUAAUCUGAAUGAUCAGGAGUGGCAAGAAUUAAUAGAUGAGCUGGCCAACACUGUUCCUGAAGAUGACAUACAGGACCUGUUCAACGAAGACUUCGAAGAGAAGAAGGAACCAGAAUUCUCGCAGCCAUCAACCGAGACCCCUCUCUCCCAGGAGAGUGUGAGCGUGAAGAGCGACCCCUCUCACUCUCCUUUUACACAUGUCUCCAUGGGAUCUCCCCAGACAAGACCUUCUUCUUCUGGUCCUCCCUUUUCUACCGUCUCCACGGCCACCAGUUUACCUUCUGUUGCCAACACUCCCGCAGCUCCAAACUCUGCCAGCUCACCAGCGAACUGUGCAGUCCAGUCCCCACCAACUCCAAACCCAGCCCACACUCCAGGCCAAGCUCCAUCUCGGCCUGGAAAUGGUUAUCUCCUCAAUCCGGCAGCAGUGCCGGUGGCUGGCUCGGGGUCAGGCCCUGUGGCUGUGCCGAGCUCCGACAUGUCUCCAGCAGAGCAGCUCAAACAGAUGGCGGCGCAGCAGCAACAGAGGGCGAAACUCAUGCAGAAGCAGCAGCAGCAGCAGCAGCAGCACUCAAAUCAGACUUCUAGCUGGUCUCCGCUGGGGCCUCCAUCCAGCCCAUACGGCGCAGCUUUCCCUGCGGAAAAACCAAAUAGCCCCAUGAUGUACCCCCAAGCCUUUAACAACCAAAACCCGAUAGUGCCUCCCAUGGCAAACAACCUGCAGAAGACGACAAUGAAUAACUACCUCCCGCAGAAUCACAUGAACAUGAUCAAUCAGCAGCCAAAUAACUUGGGUACAAACUCCUUAAACAAACAGCACAACAUCCUCACUUACGGCAACACUAAGCCUCUGACCCAUUUCAAUGCGGACUUGAGUCAGAGAAUGACGCCACCCAUGGCCAACCCCAGCAAAAACCCCCUGCUGCCCUACAUCCAGCAGCAGCAGCCGCAGCAGCCUCCGCAGCCGCCGCAGCUGCAGGCUCCCAGGGCGCACCUGAGUGAGGACCAGAAGCGCAUGCUUCUCAUGAAGCAGAAAGGCGUGAUGAGCCAGCCGCUGGCGUACGCCGCACUGCCAGCCCACGGUCAGGAGCAGCACCCAGUGGGGCUUCCCCGGACCACCGGCCCCAUGCAGUCGUCCGUGCCCCCAGGCUCAGGUGGCAUGGUCUCCAGCGCCAGUCCCGCGGGUCCCGGUUUCCUGGGCAGCCAGCCCCAGGCAGCCAUCAUGAAGCAGAUGCUCAUUGAUCAGCGGGCCCAGCUGAUGGAGCAGCAGAAGCAACAGUUCCUGCGGGAGCAACGGCAGCAGCAGCAGCAGCAGCAGAUUCUGGCCGAGCAGCAGCUGCAACAGUCACAUUUACCCCGGCAGCACCUCCAGCCACAGCGGAAUCCGUACCCGGUGCAGCAGGUCAAUCAGUUUCAAGGUUCUCCACAGGACAUAGCAGCCGUGAGAAGCCAAGCGGCCCUCCAGAGCAUGCGAACAUCACGGUUGAUGACACAGAAUGCAGGCAUGAUGGGAAUGGGACCUUCCCAGAACCCAGGGACAAUGGCCACAGCCACUGCCCAGUCAGAGAUGGGGCUGGCCCCUUACAACACCACGCCUACCAGCCAACCAGGAAUGUACAAUAUGAGUCCAGGAAUGACCCAAAUGUUGCAGCACCCAAACCAAAGUGGCAUGAGCAUCGCACACAACCAAGCCCAGGGACCCAGGCAGCCUGCCUCCGGGCAAGGGGUUGGGAUGGUGAGUGGGUUUGGUCAGAGCAUGCUGGUGAACUCAGCCAUGACCCAGCAGCACCAACAAAUGAAAGGGCCAGUGGGCCAGGCCUUGCCGAGACCCCAAGGCCCACCAAGGCUGCAAAGCAUUAUGGGAACAGUCCAGCAGGGAGCCCAGAGUUGGCAGCAGAGGAGCCUACAGGGGAUGCCUGGGAGGACUAGUGGAGAAUUAGGGUCAUUCAGCAAUGGUGCCAGCUACUCACUUCAAGCUGGCCAGCCGAGGCUGACCAAGCAACACUUCCCACAGGGACUGAGCCAGGUCGUGGACGCUAACACAGGUGCCGUGAGAACCCUCAACCCGGCUGCCAUGGGUCGGCAAAUGAUGCCACCACUCCCGGGUCAGCAAGGGACCAGUCAGUCCAGGCCCAUGGUUAUGUCUGGCCUAAGCCAGGGUGUCCCCGGCAUGCCAGCGUUCAGCCAACCUCCAGCCCAGCAACAGAUGCCCAGUGGCAGCUUUGCUCCCAGUGGCCAGAGCCAAGCCUAUGAGCGGACUGCCCCCCAGGACAUGUCGUACAGUUACAGUGGCGAAGGGGCCGGGGCUUCCUUCCCGGGCCUCUCGGACAGUGCCGACCUCGUGGACUCCAUCAUCAAAGCUGGGCCAGGGGACGAGUGGAUGCAGGAGCUUGAUGAGUUGUUUGGAAACCCCUAGUCAAGAGGGGCCCCAAAUGGGCAAAAGAAACAGGAUGUGGACCCAUCCUUGUUUUGUGUUUUUUUGACCCACGUAAACUGAGCAAAACUGCAGCUGGCUGAUAGUGGAAGAUCCAGGUGCCAGUCCACAGCCCCGCGGGGCCUCAUUUCACCUGAUUUUCACACAGCAGUCAAGACGAGACACCGGGCAGAUCCCUGCUGUGAGAGAGGAAGACACACCAGAGGCAGGUGGGGAAGACGAACCUGAGCUCCCUGCCCUGUGAUCGCCUGGCCCAGCAAGAGCUGCUCCAGCCCAGACCGACUGCUGCCCAGGGCAAGGCACCCGUCAGCCCCUCCUGGCCCAGUGCGGAGACUGCAGCUUUGGAGACACAAGAGACAGAGCCUCGAGCAGAAGGAGCCCCACAGAGGCUGCUGGGUGAUUGCACAGGCCAAGAGCACAGGUCAGAAAUGUGCUGAGCUCUGGCUGGAAAGAGAUGUCAGGCUUCAAGAUGUGCAACUGGAUGUUGAGGGCAGGCACGAAGAAUGGUGAGCCGUCGCAGGGAGACUACAAAGGCUCCUGCAGGCCUGGCUCCUGCCCCAUGAUGACCCUCAGGAAUGUCAGAGGCGUUGCUCUUGGCUGCCUCACAAGGAUAGCCAAGUGAGCUGGGAGGAGGGUGGGUCCUGCAGUCCUGGGGGCAGCCAGCCCUCUGCUGGUGACCGUGGUGGCCGUUGCUCCCAGUAGUUGGGCUGGAGCCUCCAGGGAGCCCAGCAUGACAGUGACACAGCAAGGCACUUCCAUCUACUUCCAUCACCACAGGGUAGGGAGACCCUGGUGGAUGCUGUGCGCCUGCCCCAUGACCACCGUCCUCCCCCACCCCACCUUUGUCCCUCAUUGUAUCCAUCACAGCGUCCUCCCAAGAAGAAAUGAAACUUUUGUCUCUAGGGAGCCUGGGCAGAGUCACAAUAAAUGCAAGGAGAGCUUAGACAAUGCCUGGAAUGCCAAGGCGACGCUGGAGUGUUUCUCUGCCAUGCGUGGAGCUGACGGAAUAGUCUGCCGGGAACUGAGCAGGCUCCGUGUGGGUUUACACGCACCGCAUCUGACGCCUCCGGUGUCCCCAGAAAGGACCGGCCUGGAGGGCUCCCAGUGGGAAAAUCCCAGGGGUGAGGCUCUAAAAUCGGCCUUGUCCUUAAUCCCUACUCACCAGAAAGACAAAUCUAAACCCGAGAGAUGAGGCACUGAAAAACCAAUUAUUCCACCUCACGUGUUUUGAUGACAGAAAGGAGGAAAAUAUGGUUCCUUCCAUAUGGGCAAAGUCAUCCACUUCCAAAGUCCUGUACAGUUGUUCUCUGUGUCAUUCACUCAAACCUGCCCUAACUGAAGCCUGUUGGAAGGGAUCAACGAGCUCCCCCAUCGGGAGGCUUGUCUCUUAUUUACAAGAACUUAUGUGUAAGUCCUCGCCUCCCCUCCCACUGUCCCUUUUUGGAAGCCAUGUGCAUAGUUAUUGUCCUAAGUGAGUGAGAGUGACGUGUGCUUUUCUCCCCCCACCUCCUCCCUCCGUGUCCGAAAGGCUGGCUCCCUUUUGGGCAGUCACAUGCAGCUCGCCACAGCUGAGCCCAGGCUGGGGACGUGAGGAACUGGCCUGGCAGCCCUGGGGGAAGGUCCUGGAAGGGAGUUUGGAUGGCAGGCUGGGGGCGGAGGGGGCAGAGGCAGCAGGCAGGCGAGCACUGCCUUGAUUUGCUCACCAGGUCCCAAGGUUACAGACCCGUUCAGCAAGGGGCAGCAUGGAGACAGGUGGCCAGGUGGGCAAGAGCCCAGGUAGGGGCCGUGCUCUCUCUGGGAACAGGUGUUAGCAGGGUGACAGUGAACAUCCUGCAUGGGGACAGACACCGCCAGGGAAACUCCUGAGUGGAAACAGAUGAAAACCAAAAAAAAACACAAACAAACAUGAAGACAGAAUAUGUAUAUACCUUUUUCUGAAAGGUACAGGAAAUAAAUAUAUAAGCAAUGAUGAGAAGCUAGAGGUGGCUGUUGGAGAAGUGGCUCUAUUCCCUCUUAAAAGCUUCCUCCGAAUGCUCAGUCCUGGGACCAACUAAAUAAAGAGGUAGAUUUUAAUAAUGUUGUUUUGGUUUUGUUUUUACUACGGUGCUGAUGUAUAUGUAAUGUCUAAAAAAGUUAUUUGUAAAUAAGUUUUUACAAUACUGCAGAUAUCACUGGGUCUACUAUCUGUAAAAAAUAUACAUAUAAAUAUAUAUAUACUGUUUGUUUAAAAUAGAGUAUUUUUAUUUCAUCCCUUAACGCAUCAUCACAGCAGUGGUAUCGCACUUCAGAUGGCAUCUGAUUACUAAUUUGUACUGUAUGGCCUAUGGCAACUUGCUCCAUUUCAUUCAGAUUUUUCUAGUUUUCUCUUUUUACUUUGUACAUUGAGCAUUGCUUAUUUCCUUUUAAGAGAUGUACAGAACUCUGAAAUGUAGAAAUGAAGUGACGUUGACAUACCACUUUUAAAGAAAAAAAACAAAUAAAAGAUCGUUAUCUGAACCAA